CUACAAUCGUUCGGUGCAAUGAUGCUCGGUGGUGGUGGAGGUGCUGGUGGUGGCGGGGUUCCUCCUGGCGUUCCGGUGGAUCCUGCGAUCGACGCGAGUGUAGUCAUAAGCAAGCGCGACAACUCUGCACCGUACGGGCGGGCAGACUACAGUGAGAAUGAGCUGGUGCGUGCGGAUAUGAAUAAGCUAGUGACCGGGCCCGGAGAGGACCCACGCCGUCGGACACUCGAUGGCCACCGGAUACCGCCACCGCCGGCCGUUACCGGCACGCCCAAGCCACCCACCACCGAGCUGGACGAUCUGCUGAUCAGCGUGAAAACGACCAAAAGCUACCACGACACGCGGCUCGAGAUGAUCAUCAAGACGUGGUACCAGCUGGCCAAGGAACAGACAUGGUUUUUCACCGACACCGAAGAUCCCCACUACCAGCAGCUGACCAACAACCACAUGGUCAACACCAACUGCUCCCAGGGCCACUUUCGGAAGGCGCUCUGCUGCAAGAUGGGCAAGGAGUUUGAGUUUUUCCUCGACAGUGCCAAAAAAUGGUGGUGUCACUUCGACGACGAUAACUACGUGAACGUCCCACGACUAGUGCGAAUGCUGGAUGACUACAACCCAACGCAGGAUUGGUACCUAGGCAAGCCGAGCAUAUCGUCCCCGCUCGAGAUCUUUCUUGAUAGUACCAAAACAUCGACGGAAGUGAACAAGAAGGUAACGUUUUGGUUCGCAACCGGUGGCGCUGGAUUUUGCGUAAGCCGUGCCCUUGCGCUGAAGAUGAUGCCGAUCGCUGCUAGCGGGAAGUUUGUAGCGAUCGGGGACAAGAUUCGCUUUCCGGAUGACGUUACGAUGGGCUUUCUUAUCGAACACAUCCUGAAGGUGCCACUGACCGUGAUCGAUGCGUUCCAUUCCCACCUGGAACCGAUGGAGUUUAUCCGGCCGGAAACGUUCCACGAUCAGGUUUCGUUCAGCUACGCCCGCAUGCGCAACGAGUGGAACGUCGUGAAGGUGGACGGUGGUUUCGACCUGAAGACGGACCCGAAACGGAUAUACUCGCUCCACUGCUAUCUGUAUCCGUUCUUCAGCAUCUGUCCCAAGUCGAUAAGACGGCGAUGAUGAAGAGGAUGAUGCCGACCCCGGGGCAGGACACACGCCAAACACGCCAUAGCACACAGUCUGCACCGUACUGACGGACGGAGCGCCACUGAAUGAAACACAGCAGAUAGAGCCAAAUCAAAGGAUUAAGAUUACGACGAAACCGUGUUGCAGAUGGGAGGCAGAGGUAUCAACGCCCGAUGUUCUCUGGAUGCGUAAUGUAAUGCGCACUCGAAGGAAGUGAUUGUAUAGAGAAGGCAGCAGCAAUGUGCAUACUAUUAUACUUUGAAAAAAAAACUGUGAUCGAGAGAAGAAAGGGUAAGACAGAAUUGAAGUUGAAAACAGGCAAUAGUAAGAAGCAGGUGGUAGGUGUAAGACAACAAUUGACAAUAGUAAACGGUUAAUGUGCAAAAGAAGAGAUCACGCAAUACUAAAAGCAAGAUGUUAAUAGGACCAUAAAAUAACACAAGAACAUAAAAGUGUGUAAAAAGUAUAGGAAAAACCUCUCAACUAUAUUUAUGUUGAACAGAACAAGGAAACUCAAUGUAUACAAAAGAGUGUGAGUGGGUGUGUGUGUUUUUGUUUUACAUACAAAAAAAAACUACACUGUAAAACACUCAAAAACCAACCAAUUGCGCGCUGGGUAAAGGGACGAUUAACGUUCCUUAUUUACUUUGUUUAUUACACAGCCAUGUGCUGAAUAAUUGGAUCGAUGGAAACCAACGAUGCAUGCUGCCAACGAUCGAUUAUCAGUCUAGUCUUCAGCGUGUAGAGCAUAGGCAUAGUUAAGACGCUGCUGGUUUGAGUGUGAGGAAGAUGGUACACUCAGCACAAGGGGGGUCUGUACGUUCAGGCUUCAAACAGACGUCUUCCAACACGACGACGAAAGGGGAAGAGUGAUUUGAAAUCAAACCCUUUAGCGUGUGUUCUUGUUUUAGUCGAUUAAUCGGAAAACGUGUACAUAUUUCACCACUAUGUUUAGCGAGCCGCCGACGGUGAGUGUGAGAGCUGGCGGCGGAUUUUAGUGCUAAGUUUGUUAUCGAAGAAUAAUCUGUCAAAUUGUCGAUAGGUAGGGUAAGCACAGCGAGGGAUUGUUUGAAGCAAGCAGGACUAUAAAAAGUGUAGCAAAAGUAAUGGAAACUAACGGACUAGCUAAAGGGAUGUAUGCUUGUAUAGCAACUGUACAGUGCGAUGAGUACGGUUUUGUUAAGUGGAUUGUUCAAAACAAGUUGUAAACAUAAAAUAAAAAAUGGUGAUAUCAAAAUGUA